AUGCACAGAACGCUACUUCGACUGUUGCUGAACGUCUCCGGUGAGAGCCCUGACUUUCGAGCGAAGCCUGGUAUUCGAAACCUGCUGCUGGACGUCCAACAAAGCCCGUACAAGGAGCAGUUUAAGGACUACUGGUCGACGCCUGUCCCGUUUGCCGACCGCGAGUAUGGUGAGAAGCCGAAGCUGGGAGAGCCGAUCCCCGCGCGCCGUGCCGCCACGACGAUCCUUGUUGGUCACAACAAGCACAUUGACCCCGCCAAGGUUGAGUCUGGAGAGGACAACGACUACAAGGUUCUGAUGAUGUACCGUGAGUCAAAAGGGCAGUACGUGAAGGAUCAGUUUGUGCUUCCGUCUCUCCCUGUGUCCCUCGAAGACACGUCGGAGGAUUGGGUCAAGGUACUACGCCGGCGCGGUGUGACAACACAGUGGGCCGAUCUGCACCAGCGACUCGCCGCUAUGCGCGCGCUGUUCUUGCAGACAAACCUCUUGCUGAUUCCCAAGGAAGGAGGUGGUGUGGCAGAGGUAGAAGGCCCACCUGGUCCUCGGCGGUGGUUUGUCAUCUGCUACCAGUACGCCAAGGCGAUGCGGCAGCUGAUGGAUGUACUUGAGCUGCCUAUGGAGUCAACGCUCUCACAGCUGAUGCCGUUUCGUAUCAUAGUGACCCCCACCACUGAAACCUUUCGCUUCGAGAACCUGAGCUACCUUGUGACGCUGAAUAAAAUCCCGGAUGUUCAGUACACACUCUCCACCGUCGGCGAGAAGCUUGUGUGGGUGUCACCGAUGGAGGCGCUCGCGCGCUUCAACGCCGGCAUCAUGAACAUGCCAACACCAAACGUGAUUGCGCUCUCAGAGCUGCACAACGAGUGCCCAACUUUUGAAGAUGUGAUCAAGAAGACGAACCGUGACGUGCCGCGUAAGGUACAACCGGUGUUAUACCAUCACGGGCAGGAGAAGGUGGCCACAGUGCUGCUGCCAGGUGACAUGUUCCACCCAGAGACCACGCCAGAGGACCGAGCCUCCAAGUACGUGCGGCGCUUUGCCUACGAGAAGGACUUUCCCUUCGGCGUACGGGCUGUCUUUGAUGAGCGUCCGGCGACGGUGGAGGAGGAAGCACAAGUGCUGGAGCCGGAGAAACCAGCGCUGCUGGAGGAAGCAAACGAGAUGGACAGGGUGUACAGCUCCGUCCCCUACCCGCAGAGUCAGCGGGUUCCGCAGGAGGGCAAGACACCCUACCCGGUACCUCAGUACGCAUUCCAGGAGGGGCGGGAGAACGACGAGGGUCUGAUUCCACUGCGACACGAUCACAUGGGACGCAAGCCCAUUGACCUCUACUCUUCCUUGCAUGGAAAGUGA